AUGGCAUCUUGCGCCCUUCCCCUCCGGCGAGCCCUCGCCAUCUCCGCCACCUCCUCCGCCCAUCUCCUCCGCACUCUCCGGCGGCCACUCUCCCAGACUCUCAUCCGACCCAUCACACAUCCCCUUGUCUCCCGUGCCGCCGGCAACUUUUUUUCCUUGCCACGUGGCGCCUCUUUCUCCACGGCGGCCCACUCGAACGACACCUCAUCGAGUGAUGAUGACGAGGAUGAUGAUGACGACGAUGAUGACGAGGAUGAUGAUGAUGAUGAUGACGAUGAUGAGGAUGGUGAUGUCCACGUGGCGUUUCCGCAGCAGCCCCAACGUUGGACUGUCUCCGUGAAAAUCCCGGGUGGCGUGAAAUCGUUGGAUGAUAGAAUCCUGUUCUACGAGAACACGGCCGCCAAAGUCUUCGGCAGUGUGGAAGAGGCGAGGAAGAGGAUAUGCUCCUAUGGCGUGUCGUAUGAAGGGUUCAUGGUUGAAUGCACCGAUGAUUUGAAGGAGAAGCNUAAGUUCUGUAUGUUUUUGUUGCUUGUACCACUGGUGUUAGGUCUGUCAUUCUUGCAAGUACUGAACCUCCUCAAGCAUAUAGGAAGAACAAACAAGAUUAAUGCUUUACUAAGUUUUUCGUGUUUUUAUCUAUCCACAGCAGAGAAGGUUAAAACUGGACCGAUAAGCCCCCAACAGGCACCUCCGGCCCAGCCCAAUUAUGAACCACCAACAAGCACCAAAAAGGCACCUCCGGCCCAGCCCAAUUAUGUAUGGAUUUUGGCCUACUCAAAAAUGACCCACAUGGCGUCGUGCGCCCUUCCCCUCCGGCGAGCCCUCGCCAUCUCCGCCACCUCCUCCGCCCAUCUCCUCCACACUCUCCGGCGGCCCAUCUCCCAAUCGCUCAUCCGACCCAUUGCACAUCCCCUCGUCUCCCGUUCCGCCGGCAACUCGUUUUCCUUGCCACGUGGCGCCUCUUUCUCCACGGCAGUCCACUCGAACGACACCUCAUCGAGUGAUGAUGGCGAGGAUGGCACCGUCCACGUGGCGUUUUCACAGCCCCAGCGUUGGAUGGUCUCCAUGGAAAUCCCGAAUGACGUGAUUUUGUUGGACGACAAAAUCGAGUUUUACGAGAAGACGGCCGCGAAAGUCUUCGGCAGUACUGAACCUAAAGGUUGGAUAUAUGACUUCAAAAACUAUUCAAUAUGGUAUAAUUACAUAAUUUGUGAACUCAAUCAUUCAAUGUGGUUUGUGUUGGAACAUAUGCUUUCAUGUUGCGAUCUAACUGCAGCAGAGAAUGUUAAAACUGGACCGAUAAGCCCCCAACAGGCACCUCCGGCCCAGCCCAAUUAUGGUGGACCGACAAACACCCAACAGGCACCUCCGGCCCAGCCCAAUUAUGGUGGACCGACAAACACCCAACAGGCACCUCCGGCCCAGCCCAAUUAUGGUUAUGAUUAUAUGAAAACUGUGGCAGCUCUGUCCGAAGCAUCGAAUAAUAUGCAGGCUCAGUUGAAUCAGGCUCAGGCUAUUCUAAAGAAGGCGCACGAGAAGUUGGUUUGGGUGGAAAUGGAGAAAGAGAAGGUGGAGAUUGAGAAAGAGAAGGCUGUGAAUGAGCUGAAGGAAGGCCAAAGAUUGCUUGAGAAUACUAUUAACAAUCUCCGGGAAGGAUUUUGGCCAACUCAAAAAUGA